CCUGAAACAUUCAAUGUGUUUGAUUUAAAAGCUGCUACCGAAUAUUCUCUCAUUUUAUGUUUGUAAUUACUUCAAAACAUUCCUCUUUAGUCAAAUUUUUCGUCAGCUGACGUUCUGUAUGAGAGUUUGUCAAUGUCCUUCUGAAACACUUACUGACUCAUUAUUCUGUAUCUUAGAGGCCUACGUACACCAGUUCGGGGGAGAAAAUGGUGAAAAUUGAGCAUGCGCCAUAACUCCGGGAGAGCGCGCGCGGGUUGCUGCGGCAACGGCGCGAGAGCGCGCGAGUUAGUCGGCCUCACGCGGGAGUCAGUUAGUCAGUCUGCCCCGGGGUCGGGGGCAAUGUCGAUGGUCCUGCUGCAGCUUGGACAGUGCGGCAACCAGGUAGGCCAGGAGCUGCUCGAGCUGAUCAAUACGGAUGGCCGGAAUGACCUGGGCCGGCCUGAUAGUUACCGAGCCAUUUCUCUGGAGCGCUUUUUCCGACAGGAGGCCGGGACUGAUGCAGUGCCGGUUGCUCGGGCUGUUCUUGUGGACAUGGAGCCAAAGGUAAUCAGCCACACUUUGGCCAAAGCUAUGAAGUCAGGGCAGUGGAGUUAUGGAAACCAUUCCUACUUCUGCCAAAAACAAGGAUCUGGAAACAAUUGGGCAAAUGGAUUCUGUAUCCAUGGUCCUCGGCAUGAAGAAGCUGUGCUGGAUUUGGUCCAAAGAGAGGUGGAGCAGUGUGAGAGAUUUAGUGGCUUUAUUGCAAUGAUGAGUCUGGCUGGAGGUACUGGCUCUGGCUUGGGGACUUAUAUCACUCAGUGUUUACGGGAUAUGUAUCCAAACUCGUUCAUAUUGAACCAGCUCACCUGGCCUUAUGGAACUGGAGAGGUUAUUGUCCAGGAUUAUAAUGCAGUGCUGACGCUGUCCCACUUGUAUAAGACUUCUGAUGCACUUCUGAUUCAUGAGAAUGACACUGUUCACAAGAUUUGCUCUCAGUUGAUGAACAUAAAGCAGAUUUCCUUCACAGACAUCAACAAAGUCAUUGCUCACCAGCUCGGGAGUGUCUUACAGCCAGUAUGCACCAGAUGGAGUAUUUCAGAAUAUGGCACAAAUCCCCUUGGUGAUCUGCUAGAAAGUUUGGUGACACAUCCAGAGUAUAAACUACUAAGCCUGAUGAACAUCCCUUUGAUGUCUGACAAGUCUCUGCAAUUCAGUACGUUUACUUGGCCAGCUCUUAUGAAGAAUCUGCGACAAAUGCUGAUUGCCAAUGCCAAAAUGGAAGCAGCGUGCAGUGCCUGCAACCGUUUCUUGACAUCAUGUGGAGUGAAUUGAAUUGGCUGAAGACCGUUAUCUGUAGUGCUGCGGAUCUCUGGAAGAAGCCGAGAUGGGAGCAUCCAUGCACGGUUUCGAUUGAAGAUAGAGCAAAAGACUGACACAUUCACAACUAAUAUUCUGGGCUGCACCAUAGUUGAGGUUGGAGAUGUUCAUGGAGCAUCUUCCAGUGAGUUGUUUAAUUGUCCACCACUAUUCACGACUAGAUGUGGCAGGAAGUAUUUCGGAGUACUUGGCAUCUAUAUAUUCCAUUUAAAAAGAGGGAGUUUAUGGGAAGCACCACCUGUUGGUAAGUAAGGAAGUUAAAGAUAUUUUCAAGCUUAAAGGAAAAGCAUCUUUCUGCAAAGGCGAAUAGCAGGGUGGAAAAUUGGUUACAAAAUAAAGAGCAGCAAGGAAUAAGAUUAAUAAGGAGGGCAAAAAUUGAGAAAAGGCAAGCUAAAAACUAAAAAUACGUGGUAAGAAUUUAUAAAGAUAUUUGAAAUGGAGAAGUGUAAGUGAAGUGAACGUUGGCCCUCUAGAUGGAGGGAAUGGGGAAUUGGCAGCUGAAUUGAACAGAUAUUUUCUGGCAGAUUGUGAGCAUGUUCUUUUUGGCAGGAGCAAUAUGAAAGCUGCAUGUUGUUUAAAUGAAAAGAGAUUGCGGAACUCAAAUGUACCGGUGAGAUCUACUUAUUGUGGUACAGGAAUUGAAACGUUGU